AUGAGGAAAAUUAAGUCACUAGAUAUAUUAUAUCAAAAUGUUCGUGGCCUAAAAACUAAGCUCACCAGUUGGAGAAAUAGUAUUGCCGCGCUUGACAACCACUUGAUAGCGGUUACCGAGAGUUUUUUGGAUGGCUCCGUUGAAGACCAAGAAUUGAUCUGUGUGGGAUGGAGUGUCUUACGCCGCGAUAGGAAAACUCCAUGUGGUGGCGUUUUAAUCGCUGCUCGUGCCCCUAUUCUUUUGAAACAUUGUAAAGAACUUCAGACCGACGCGGGCGAAGAUCUUUGGGCUAGUUUUGUGUGGCUUGGCCGAAAGAUUUUUGUUUGCGUAGUGUAUAUAAAGCCGUCUGCGGGUGAUAGCGAAUAUAUGGCAUGGUUCUGUAAAGUCGAGAGUUUCAUCCAUAGUCUCAAAGCAUUUACCGUUAUUAUUCUAGAACAUAAUACUGUACCUAACUGUCAUGGAAGAUUUUUAGAUGUAAUUCUUACACGGGAGAGCGAUGAGGUGCGAGGAAUAACCGUUAUGGGUACGGCGGGCCUAGUUCCACCUGAUUUCUACCAUCCGCCAUUAAAUAUAGAGAUUUUGUUUAAUUUCGUACGUCAUUCCGAUUCUAUUGCACCUAGUAAUAUAGAUUCUGCAAAAGAUUGGAACUUUAAGAAAUGUGACUUUCAACAAUUACAACGUUAUCUCAGUCAAGCUUCUUGGACUAAUGUAUUGCAAGCGAGUGACGUUGAUAAGGCUUGCGAACAUUUCUAUUCUACACUUUACGACAUCUUCGAUCUUUGUGUACCCAAAAAACAUCGGAGAUCCAAAUGUCAUCGUUAUCCGGUGUGGUUUACAAAUGACAUCAUCAGAGAUUUAAGACGGAAGGUUAAGUUGCAUGCAUCCUGGAAACGCUUGAAAUCCAACGAGGCUUACAUUGUUUUUUCUCAGCUUCGAUCAGAAUUAAAAACUCGUAUUGAUCAAGCUUACUUAAAUCAUUUAGGAGUAAUUGAAGAAGACCUUAAAUUGAAUCCAAAGAAGUUCUGGUUGCAUAUAUCGAGCUUACGCUCUAAGGGGGGUUUUGAACCGCAAGUCUCAUACCGUGGCUUGAUCUACUCGGGGCGAGAAGCGGCUGGUGCAUUUGCUUCUUUCUUUAGCAAUGUGUUUUUAUUUGAUCCGCCUCUGUUGGAUUUUGAGAACUGUAAUAACAGCGAUGGCACUUGUCUUAACGAUAGUAUUGAUAUUGUUGGUCUAACUUUAAAUGACGUCAUUUCUGGUAUUAAACAAUUGAAAUCUAACAGUUCCAUUGGGCCUGAUGGUAUCCCGCCAGAUUUCAUUAAAAUAUAUAGAGAUGUCUUCUCUGUUCCACUACAUCAUAUUUUUAAUGUUUCUCUGACGUCCGGAAUCUAUCCUUCAAGAUGGAAACUUUCAAGGGUUACUCCCAUUCCUAAAAGCUCCAAUAAAGCAAUGGUGGAGGAGUACCGACCUGUUGCUAUUUCCUCGUCACCAGCUAAACUAUUCGAAAGUAUUUUACAUAAAUAUAUAUACGCCCAGGUUAACAAGUAUUUAUGUGAUGAACAACACGGUUUUAGAAGGAAAAAGCCAAGUCUCAAGGGAACGUGCUGGUUCGCGGCAAUAGUGAUUGAUAUGACGUUCAAGCGAUUCGCCUUAACUCUCCUUUGCCUCUGUCACUCGAGCAAGCUAUUAGAUGCAUUUAUAAUGACGCCUCGCACCCUCCUCGGCGCCAGAUUUGAUUUUAACUCGAAUUUAAGCGUAUGA